AUGCAAUUCGAAUCUCCCGGAUUCAAUAUGGAUUUAGAUUAAGAGCUUUAAGCUGAAUAGCAUGAAGACUUUGAAUAAUAAUAUUUAGGGUUUUGCUUACGUACAACAAAGAGAGAAACUUCAAUUAACUGUCCAAAUUUAUAUAGCCAAACUUAGAGUAUCAAGAGCAUGGAGGGGUUCAAUGAUUUAAAUGGUCAGAAGAUGGAAAACAUCACUUUAAAGAGUAUCCAGUAGAAUACUCCAGAGACAAAUAGAACAUUGAUAAAUACCCCUACAAAUAAAUAGCAUUCAACUGGUUCAAGCAUGAUGGCGUUCUUUUUGAUAAAGCGAUUUUUGGAGAAACUGUAAAUAAAGAGAAGAAUAAUUGAGACAUUGAAUUUUACUCAUUUGAAUUUGAUUGGUGAUAAAGCAGCAGACAUGUAAAUAUGGAGUUUUAUUAUAGUAAUGUAGUAUUGCAAUAUACAAAGUCAAUUCAACGAGCAGGGUUUACUUUGAAAGCAAUGAAAAAACUUUUAAAGAUGGAAUCGUCUAUUGAGGAAACAAAAAUGGAAACAAUGAAACAAUACUACUAAAAUAUGAAAAAGCAGGCAAUCAAAAUUUUAUAAAAUUUUAUUAAUAAAAUCCCUUUAAUAUAAUCUGAAUCAGUUUUUAAGAUGUAUUGGGAUUUAUUUGCAGUCGUAUUUCGGAUUAUAUUAGUUGUUUUAAUACCUUUAGAGGUGGCAUUCAAGACAAAAAUAAUGUUUGAAAGCAAUUUUGCUUUGACUGUAAUAAUAAUAAUAAUUCUUAUAAUGGAUUUCUUGAUUAGAAUAAAUACUUAGUAAUAUUUAAAUGGAUAAGCUAUAAGAGAUAGAUGGAGACUAAUUGUAUAUUAGGCUAAAAAAUCAAUGCUAAUAGACUUUUUAUCAAUAAUGAUAAUGAUAAUAUUUUUAUCUAUUGAACCAUAAGAUUAGUACUAUAACCUAUUCACAUUAGUUACAUUAACACAAUAUUCUUAUGUUUAUGAAAUACUCUCAAAAAGUGAAUAACUCUCAUAUUUUACAAGACCUUAAAGAGGAAUAUUGGGUUUAUUAAAGUUUGUAGCUACUUUGUUUUAUAUUUUACAUCUGUUUAGUUGUGUUUGGUUUUGGAUCUCAAGUUUGUAAAUAGAAGAUUCUUGGAUAGAUUUUAAGGAUUUAACUGAUAAAUCUUGGCAAUUAUAAUAUUUGGAAGCCUUGUAUUUUGCAAUUGUAACAAUGUUGACAAUUGGAUAUGGUGAUAAUGUACCUAAGAAUCCAACAGAGAAAAUAGUUACAAUCAUAUUCAUCCUUGGAGCAUGUUUAUGGUUUUCGUAUAGUGUUAAUUUCAUAGGAGGUAUUAUGAAUGACAUCACUCAAAAUUAAGUUGAAAGAAAUUAGAAGAUGAGAGUUAUCAAUAAGUAUAUGACAAAAAGAAAUAUUCCUUUUGCUCUUUAACAUUAGUAUAAAUUAUCAUCUUAUUUUUAGAAUCAAGGAAUACUUAACUUAUAGGUGGAAAGAAGAUGAUGAAGUAGACUUAGAAAUAGAAUAAGCAUUAUUAGAUUAACUAUCUGAUGAACUUAAAGAAGAAUUAGACAAAUAAGCUCAUAAGGUAUUUAUUGAGAAAUCUAUUCUAUUGUAAUAAUUUUUUAGUGAAGAGUUCAGAAAUGCUCUAUUCAAGAGUAUUAAAAGGAAAAGUAUUAUAUUUAUUGUAAAAAUUAAGUUAUUCCCCCAGAAAAUACAUUUUAAAUUGAUUUUAAUGGUUAACAUCAUCUAUGUUUUAUUGAAUAAGGACAUUUGUUGUAUUAGCAUAAAGAUUCAAAACAAAGAUCUAAAAUGAAUACUAUAAUAAAUUUAGGAGAAUUUCUUUGUGUUAAAGAAUUUAUAAUUGAAGAUCCUGAAAUGGAACUAUUCAAAGCUGUUGGAUAUGUCAGUCUCUUAGUUUUAUCUAAAUAAGACUUCUUAUAAACUCUCAAGGAUUUUCCAGAAGAUUUUUAAAAAUACUGUUAAUUGAAAGAUUCAAUAAUACUAAACUUAGAUUCUAUAGUUUUAACAAAGAGUGUUUAUUGUCCUGCUUGUUAACAAUUUGAACACUCAUUGGCUCAAUGUCCUUAUAUUUAAUUAAAAUCGAACAGAGAAGUAGUAAUAAAACGAUAUUAACAUUCAAAAUACUAAUUGAGAUCUUCUUUUACAAGAAGAACAUCAAAAAAUGUAUUUUUAGCUUUAUCAGAAAAGGAAUUAGUUGCAGAGUUUGCAAAAGUAUUUUCAAGUGACAAUUAAGUCAUAAUUAAUUAAUAACUCAAAAUUUAUCUUAAUCAUGAAUCUGAUUUAUUUGAUUCAAAUUCUGUUGAGCCUCCUCCUUCUAAUGAUAAUAUUAAAUUAACUCCAUAAGUGUAGUAAGGUUGCCUUCCUCCUUAAUCAACAGCUUGUGCUGAUUUAUUAAGCAGCAUUAGGAUUCAAAAAAAUUUAAUAAGAGAAACAGAUAUUGAUCUCAAAGGAGAAUUGAGAUAAUAAUUAAAUUAAGGUAGAAUUAUUAGGAAGAUGACUCUUCAUCCAUAAAAUAAAUAAAUAAAAAAGAGUACUACAACUACUUUCACAGUAAGAUAUAUUUAGGAUGAAGAUUUAGAAGAUUAAUAAAUGGCAAUAGAAUUUCAGAAUUAUCAAAAUGAAAAUAUCAUUCUUCUCUAUAAUAAAUUAGUAAAGUAAGAUCAAGAUGAGCCUAUUGUCAAAUAAGCUUUAAGUCAAAUUGAACCUCUAUUUUGGAAAUUAAAUCAAAAAACAAUAGAUAACUUUGAAGUGUUAAAAAAUUAUGACUAUUUUUUUUCUCAUCAUAAUGUUCAAUAGAUAAUUGAUGUAGUGAAUAAAAAUAUACAUUCUUGGCAAAAGGAUAUCAUAGAUAAGCUAUAAAAAUUUAUGUUUUUCCCUUUCAAUUACAUACUCAAGUAUCUCAAAUUAAGACGCAAUAGGAUGAAUCAAGCAAUUAUAGAGAAAAGCAAUAAGUUUAAAAGAAUAAAGAAUAAAUUAAGAAUGAUAUAAUUGAGGAAUAAUUUACACUUAAAGAAAAUGUCAACAUCAUCAAACAAAAACAUAAGAUUUAGUUAGAUUUUGCCAUCGUAGUUUCCAUCUUAAGAUUCAAUCAUUACCUGAUUAGUCAUGUUAAAUAUAUAUAUAUAUAUAUUUAAUUUAAAUUAUUCAAGCAUCAAUUUAUAAAAUCAACAAGAUCAAAUAAAAUAAAAUAAAAUAAAACCCUCUUUACAUAACCAAAUUAAAAACUCUAAAGAUUAAAUUAUUAAUUAACAAAUUAUAUGAUCGUUCUUUUAUUUGCUACUUUUAAACUAAUAUAAUCAUGUAGAUUGCUUUUUAAUUAAUUAGGUGAAUAUCAUUGUCAAACUUGUGAUACUAAUUAAGAUUUUUGUUCUAGUUGUCCCUCGACAAGAAAUUUGAGCUUUGUUGUUGAAAAAGGAGCCAACGCAAACGUAUGUCUGUGCAAACAAAAUUUUGUGGAUAUAGGAGGAUAAGAGUGUUUGUGUAAUUUAUAAAAAAAAAAUUAGAAUGUCCUUCUAAUUGUAUGGAUUGUGAUCCAAAUGAUCCAUCUAAAUGUAUUAGUUGUGGGAAUGAAGAGCUUACUUAUAGAGUUUUAGAUAGUAAUUAAACUUGUAUAUGCAAAGAAGGGUAUAUUGAAGUGUGGUAUACAUAUAAUUGUUAAAGUAUUUUUGGUUAUUCUAUUUAGACAUACAAUUCAAUUAAUAAAUUCUUCAAUUUGAAUAUAUAUUAUCAUUAGAAUAAUACGUAAAUAGAUUAUAAAACAAAAACACAUACUCUUAAAUGACUAUUGAAGGACUAGAUUAUAUGAUUUAGAGAGGAAUUGUAAAUGAUGGCAUCAAUUAAUUUUAAUUAGUUUCAAAAUUAGAGUCAAAUAAAAUUAUUAGUACAACAACACCAUAUCCACAGGGACAAGCUUAUAUGUAAAAAUUUGAUAAUUUGUUUGCUUUUGGAAUUAUGCUCAAUCAUGAAUCAACUAUGAUCUGGGCUGCUAAUGUUAAUUAUAUAAAUUACAAUUAAUAUUCAGGAAUUAGAAUUUUAAAUUAAAGUAUAUGGGAAUUUGUAAUUUUUCAAUUCCUAUUAUAAAAAUAUGAAGGAAAUAUUUUUUUAUAGAUUGCAUUGUUAGAAAAUAAAAAUAUCAACAACGAUAAGCAAAAUCGUUUGUUAGAAACAAAAGAAGGAAAAAUGGCAUUAUGUUAUUAUCUAGCAUAUGAGCUUAAUAAUUUCUUAUUAGAAUCCUAGUUAGAUGAAAUAAUAAAUGAUAUAUUGUAUAUUUUAUUGUAGAGACCAUCUAAUAGUUUAGAUUACUUUUAUAAUGGAUAAGAACUUAUAAUAUAGAAAUGUUAGCCUAAUUAUAUUUUGAAAAAUAAAGAAUGCUUAUGUGACAAUGAAAAUGGAUAUUAUGUAUAUAAUAACAUUUGUUAAUUGUAAUGCCCUGAUGAUUGCAUAACUUGUACUAAAGAAGUAUGUCUCUUGGCAGAUCAUUCUAUUAGAUGCUAGGAAAAUUAUUAUUUAGAUAUUCAAAAGAAUAUUUGUUUAUAAUGUUAUUAAACAUGUCAAACCUGUAUAAAUGAGAAAGAAUGUACAAAAUGUAAAAAUGAAUUCAUUCUCAGUAAUAGCUAAUGUUUGACUUGUUAAGAAUUUUAGGAAUAGUACAAAUGUGAUUAAUAUGAUUAGAAUUGUUUAUGCUUAAAAUGCAUGGAUGGAUAUUAACUAGAUGAAUUUAAUUAAUGUAUUGAAUGUUCAUAAAAUUGUAAAUCCUGUCAUUUAAAAGAUCAAUGUAAUAUUUGUAAAGAUGGUUAUUACUUAAGUGAUAAUUAAUGUGUUUAAUGUCAUGAGAACUGUAUUCUGUGUUAAGAUUAGAAUUAUUGUAUAAAAUCUCAGAAAGGAUAUUAUAUUUAAAAUGGGAUUGCAUUAAAAUGUAUUAACAAUUGUCUAGAUUUCUUGAAUGAAUGUUAAUGUCAAGAUUGUUUUGAUAAAUAAUAUAGAAAAGAUAUUGAUUUAUUUUGUUAUCCAUGUCCUGUUAAUUGUUAAACAUGUUCAAAUUAAUAAACUUGCAUUAAUUGUGUUUCCAAUUCAUUUUAUCUGGAUAUUUCUGAAUGCAAAUAAUGCUAAUUUCCUUGCUUAACUUGUUUAAGUUAAACUAAAUGUCUCUCUUGUAUAGAUGAAUAACAUUAUUAUAUUAAAGAACAUCAAAAUUGUGCUUAGUGUCCAACAUCAUGUAAGACUUGCUAUUAUGAUGAGAAUCCAUUAUGCACUAGUUGCUAACAAAAUCAUUAUUUAUUAAAUUAAUAAUGCUAUGGUAUAAUAAAUAUUCUAAUUUAUAGAAUGUCCGCUAUAUUGUAAAGAUGCAUGUAUAUUUGAUACUAUCAAAAAUUUCAUUUAAUGUGAGUAAUGUUAAAUAGGAUUUUAUCCCACAUAUAUUAACAUCCCAUUUGAAUGUUAAAGAUGUAAAGAAUAUUGUACAAAUUGUACUAAUGAAGAAUCAUGUUUGGAAUGUUCAUUAGGGUAUAUUUUAAACAAUGGGAAAUGUCAAAGUUGUAGCUAACUUUAUUAAAACUAAUGCAUAAGUUGCAAUAAAUAGUUAUGUUUAUAAUGUUAGAAUGGAUAUAAAUUAAAUAAUGGGAAUUGUAUCGAAGAUAAAAUAAUUGAAGUCCCUAUUUGUCUUGUAAAUAAAUAGUAUUAUAAUACCAUAAGCAAUUCUUGUGACUCUUGCAUAUAGAAUUGUAUAAUUUGUAAAGAAUAAUAAACAUGUAUCAAAUGUGAAGAAACAUAUUAUGAGAAAUCAGAAAUUUGUAUUUAGUGUAAGUUUCCUUGUAAUACUUGUUUGAAUGAUUAAUUUUGUUUAACAAUCUCUAAUCAAUUAUAUUAUAUUGAUAAUGGAAUUACAGAUUUAAAUCAAAUUAAUAGUUUCAGAUGUAAAUCUCCUUGUAAUAAGUGCUAUUCAAAUGAAGAAUGUAUUGAUUGUAUAGAUGGAUUCUAUUUUCAAAAUAAUAAUAAAUGUCUUUAAUGUGAUUCUAUGUGUAAAACAUGUAAAAAUAUGAGCACUUUUUGUACUUCAUGCAAUUCAGGAUUUUUAUUAUUAAAUGGCCUAUGUUAUCAAUGCUUAGAUUAAAAUUGUUAAAAUUGCAAUCGAUUUUGUUAAACAUGCAAUCACUUUAAGGAUGAUCUUUACAAAUGUUAAUCUUGUUUAAUAGGAUAUUAUUUAAGAAAUUAAGAAUGUCAUCAAUGCAAUUCUAUAUGUUAAUCUUGCUCAUAAUCAAGUGAUCAAUGUUCCUCUUGUUUUGAGGGAUACUUUUUAACAUCAGAAAUGAAAUGUGAAAAAUGUAAUAUAGGAUGCAAGUCAUGUUAAGUUUAAACAAAAAGUUGUAUUCUUUGUGAAGAUGGAUAUUAUUUAUCUGAGAUAAGUGAUUUUGUAUAUCAAUGUAUAAAAUGUGAGCAGGGAUGCAAAUAAUGUUAAGAAGAUGUAUGUUUAGUUUGUACUGAUUAUUACUAUUUAACAGAAGAGAGAAAGUGUUAAUAAUGUGUUCUUCCAUGUUUAAAAUGCACUACACUUACUUAAUGUACUAUCUGUGAAAAUGGUUAUUAUUUAAAUAAUGAAAUGUGUGAAAAAUGUAUGUAAAAUUGUUUAACAUGUUCAUCUUCUAAUAAUUGCUUAAUUUGCCAAGACUCAUAUUAAUUGGUUGAUCUUAAAUGCAUUAAAUGUCCAAAUAAUUGUAUCACUUGUAAUGAGGGUUAAUGCUUAUAAUGUGAAUAAGAAUACAUUCUUUAAAAUGAUGAUUAUUGCCAUAAAGUUUCAAUUAUUUGUAAUAUCAAUUAAUGCUAAAAAUGCUUUGAUGUUAAUUAGUGUCUAACCUGCUCAUAGGGUUAUACUCUCAACACUUAAAAUGAUGAGUGUAAAAUAGAAAAUCAAAUAUUUGAUUCAGAGUCAACUGAUAAAGAUGACAGUGGAACAAUUUUUAUUAUUAUUUCAGCUAUAUUUUCAUUAAUCUCAUUUACUCUAAUUUAUUUGAUCAUAAAAUGCAGAAAGAUCUAGAUAAAAAUUAAACUUAUAGAAAGAACUUAGCCCAAAUUUCCUGAACUUCCAGUUACUAUAUCAGAAUUUCCUGCAGAUGAGUAAAACUGA